CGGAGCCGGAGCCGAUGGAGGCGGCUGCGGGACAGGCGGAGGAGGCCGGGCUGGCCUCCUUCCUCGACAAAUCCCAAACCCAGCGCUACGCAGGGGGCUUCAACCCGGCGAGCUGGGAGCAGGAAUUUGACAAGAUCCCCAUGUUUAUGAAGAAAUCCCCUGCUGAAAUUGAUCCUGAACAGAAUCCUGAUUUGGCAUGCCUUCAGUCAAUCAUUUUUGAUGAGGAUCGAUCUCCUGAAGAGCAAGCAAACACCUAUAAGAAUGAGGGGAAUGAAUACUUCAAGGAAAAGAACUACAAGAAAGCUGUAAUCUCAUAUACUGAAGGGUUAAAAAAGAAAUGCAGUGACCAAGAUUUGAAUGCUGUGCUUUAUACUAACCGAGCUGCAGCACAGUUUUAUCUGGGCAACUACCGUUCCGCUCUCAGUGAUGUGAUCGCUGCAAGAAAGCUAAAACCCAACCAUCUCAAAGCAAUAAUAAGAGGAGCUUUGUGUCAUUUGGAGUUAAAGAAUUUCCCUGAAGCAAUGGCAUGGUGUGAGGAGGGUCUGAGGAUAGAUUCGAAGGAGAAGAAACUUGUGGAAACGAGAGCCAAAGCUGACAAAUUAAAGCGAGCUGAACAGCGGGAUAUAAGGAAAGCAAAACUGAAGGAGAAGAAGGAACAGUCUCAAAAGGAGGUCUUACUCACGGCUAUAAAGGAAAGGAAUAUCAAGCUGUUUCUAGAGGCCUCUAAGGAGGAAGAUGAAAUAUCAGAUGGUCUGGCUGAGAUGUCCUUAAAUGGACUGAGUUCUGAUAGUGCCACGGGCACAAAGGUCUACUUAGAUGAUAAUGGCAAUCUAAACUGGCCUGUGCUCUUCCUGUAUCCUGAAUAUGGGCAAACAGAUUUCAUCUCAGCUUUUCACGAGGACUCCAGAUUUAUUGAUCAUAUACUGGUGAUGUUUGCUGAGUUACCUCCUUGGGAUUCAGAAAGAAAAUAUCAUCCCAGCAAUCUAGAGCUUUAUUUUGAAGAUGAAGCAAGAGAAGAAAUGUACCAGCUGAACACAGAAAACACACUGCUACAAGUGCUGCAGCACCAAAGGUACUUUGUAAAGGCUGGGACUCCUACUUUUUUGGUUUUAGUAAAGCAUUCUCCUUUCUCUAAGAAUUACUUUUUUGGCAAGAAGGUGCAUCGACUAAAAUAAGCAAGUGCAAGCACAAAAAGGGACGAGAGAAACCCUUGCGGUGGGCUGUAUUGUUCAUAUCCACAGAUAGGAACAAUCAGUCUUCUGCCUGUAUAGUUUAAUAAUUUUUUCUACUUCAGUCAAAUAAACAUAACCACUAU